AUGCAAACUUCGGGUGUCUGUCGGAUCAGAGGCGAACUUAGCGCUAAACAUGGCGCAUGGUCAUUGAAUGUCGAAAUCACCGACGAAUCUGUGGAGUCCCAACACUGCGUCGUUGCUAAUCUACUACUUGAGAAUUUGCUUGGCUUUACAGUCAAGCAGUGUGAGAAACUCAGCAGAGAAAAGAAUAUUCGUGAGCUUUCGCAGUGCAAAGAGCGCGCUAUGGAGGUAAUGAAAAGCUUCCAAAGACUAGACCUAGUUUUUUCACUGGAGGUUCAUCCCGAGAAAGCAAAGCUACCCGCAAUCGUUAAGGUUUGCAGCUUAUACGAAGCAUUUCUUACUAUUUGAUUUUUGAAUGUCUGUCGAGUGCGAGCUUCUGUAAAUUAACCUCUGUACCAUAUGUUGAGUUAUUUUUUGAGUUUUCUAU